AUGCCAUCAUGGACUCGCCAUAUCAUCGUCACCAUCUUUGGCGAGUUCUGCGGGACGUUUUUGUUCCUUUUCCUCUCCUUCUGUGGAGCACAGACGGCGUUGGACACGAAUGAUCCUCUGGAUUCAGAGGCACCACUGCUCCCAUUCAGUCUCAUGUAUAUUGCCGCCUCCUUCGGCGCAUCCCUAGCCCUCACCGUAUGGGUGUUCUUCCGGGUCACGGGAGGAAUGUUCAAUCCCGCUGUUACUUGGGCACUGAUGCUUGCUAAAGUAGUGAAGCCGGUGGCCGGUUUGGCCAUCAUUGCCACGCAGCUCGUGGCAGCAAUCGCAGCAUCCGCCGUGGUCUCAGGGAUCCUUCCGGGCCCGUUUACUGUGGGCAACAAGUUGAACAACGGAACAAGCAUCGCUCAAGGUCUCUUUCUCGAGAUGUUCAUUACUACACCGCUUGUGCUGGCCGUGCUCUUCCUUGCCGUCGAGAAGCAUCAUGGUACCUAUCUUGCGCCGGUGGCGAUAGGCUUGGCCGCGUUCAUCGCGCACAUUGUAGGGACUCGCUACACGGGAACCUCAAUCAACCCAGCGCGCUCCUUUGGCCCAGCUGUCAUCACCAGCUUCCCAGGCUACCACUGGAUCUUCUGGCUGGGACCACUGCUCGGGUCAACCCUCGCCUUUGCGGUAUAUGAGAUACUGAAAUGGUGCCGCUAUGAGUACGUCAACCCGGGGCAAGAUGCUAUCGAUCUUGAGGAGGCUGCGAGGGCACUUGAGGCUGCCAAGCUUGCCCACCAGACCUCGGGAACUGCGAGCCAUGCUUCCCGGACAUCCCCGCAAGGCGAGCGCCAGUGA